UAACAUUUCUCAGGUUCACAUACACAUAAACUUCUUAGUUGGAAAGCACGAAAAGUUAUUAUUGAGGGGAUUUGUCGAGGCCUGCCUUACCUACAUCGGGAUUCAAGGUUAAAGAUUAUUCACAGAGAUCUCAAGGCAAGUAAUAUCGGGUUAAAGAUCAUUCACAGAGAUCUCAAGGCAAGUAAUAUCUUAAAUAUCCGACUUUGGCAUGGCAAGGACUUAAAUAUCCGACUUUGGUAUGGCAAGGAUUUUUGGUGGAAAGGAUGACCAAGCCAACACAACAAGGGUUGUUGGGACAUUUGGCUAUAUGCCCCCGGAAUAUGCAUCACGUGGAAUAUUCUCUGAAAAAUUGGAUGUGUAUAGCUUCGGGGUCCUGCUGUUAGAGAUUGUGAGUGGAAAGAAAAACUCCAGUUUUGAUGAUCAACAACUCUUUCUUACAGCUUAUGCGUGGAACUUGUGGAAUGAAGGAAAGAUAGUGAAUUUGAUGGAUGCAAAAAACUUUGAUAGUGGAAUGGAAGAUGAUAUUGUUCGAUAUGCAAAUGUAGGUCUGUUGUGUGUGCAAGAAAUGGCAACAGACAGGCCUAACACAGCGGCUACAGUCUUGUCAAUGCUUAGCAGUGAGAUUGAGGAGCUUCCUCGACCAAAGCGGCCAGCGUUUCAUGGGAUGCGUAGAGUCCUGUACCAAGAGGUCAAGUAAAGGUUCUGUAAAUGAUGUCUCUAUUUCUAUAGUUGAAGGCAGGUAGAAAACCUGAUUUCUGUA